AUGAGCUCGACGGACAGCGACGAAGACGUACCUCUCUCCAAGCUCCGCGAGCAGCCGGCCAAGCCGAGCAUGAAGCGGCAGAUCGUCGACGACGAUGACACGGACUCGGACGAGGACAAGCCGCUCAUGACGAUGAAGAAGGUCAAGAAGAGCAGUAGCAGCAGCGAGGACGACGACCAGCCGAUUUCUGCCUUCAAGAAGAAGCCCAGCGCCAAGAGCGAGCCCAAGGUCAAGGCCGAGCCCAAGGUCAAGGCCGAGCCCAAGGUCAAGAAGGAAGCGGCGAAUGGCUCCAAGAAGGUCAAGAAGGAGGCCGACGUCAAGAUCGAGAAGCGAACGUUGGCGCCUUCGACCAAGUCGACGCGCAAGGUCGCGCACAUUGCGUUCAAGCAGCAAGAAUGCUCCGAAGCCCUCUACGACACACUCAAGGGACGGCUCGUCCAAGAGCUUCUCUGCAGGUGGUGGUAUGCGCUCGAUUGGCCGCCAAAAGACAUCAACUACGAAGAGACGGCCGACUUGCAGCCGUUGGACGGCUUUACGGGCGCGUUCAUUAGCGUCAAGGGCGACAACAUGGGCUCGAUCGUCGACAAGCGCAACAGCGGCGGGAAGCCAACGUUCAUGACGUUCUUUGCGAUGCCGGCCAAGGAAGUCCAGGAGCUGCUCGUCGUGGCGUACAAGAACCAAAUGCAAGUGCUCGAGCGCCACGAAGGCGCCGACUGCCCCCUUCUCAAGGACCUCAAGACGUCCCUCCUCAGUGCGCAAAAGAUCGACUGCGACAAGGCCGAGAAGGGCGGGCUCAAGGUGCUCAAGUCCUUCACCGAGGUCGCCAAGCGGUUACGGGAUCUGUAA